CACCUAGCUAAUGCCAUUAAUUUCUCACUAUUCCAAUUUCUCAUGAUUGGUGCAAUAGCAAUAAAAAUGGGCUACUACAAGUUUUCCAAGUACAAUUUCUUCUUCUUGAUUAUGGUUUUCUCUGUUGUUUUAGGCCAAAAAAAUGAUCAAAUGAUAAAUGAUCGCGCUUCGCUUCUUUCGUUCAUGGCUGGUAUAGUUUCUGACCCUUACCAUGCAUUAGAAAGUUGGAAUUCUUCUAGCAUUCAUUUAUGCAACUGGACUGGAGUUGGAUGUGAUCAGAAAAUGAAUAGAGUUGUUGAGCUUGAUCUUAGUCACCAUUCGUUACGAGGGACGAUUUCUUCUGCUCUUUCUGGUCUAUCAUUCUUGCAAAUUCUUGAUUUAUCUGGUAACUUAUUUGAAGGUAAAAUUCCUGCUGAAUUAGGCUAUCUUUUAAAGCUGAAUCAGCUUAGUUUGUCUUCUAAUCUUCUUGAAGGUAAAAUUCCAGUUGAGUUAGGACUACUUCAUAAAUUGAAGUAUCUUGAUUUAGGAAGUAAUAAUCUUUCUGGUGAAAUUCCUCUGCCUUUGUUCUGUAAUUGUUCUGCUUCUUUACAAUAUAUGGAUCUUUCUAACAAUUCACUUAGUGGUGAAAUUCCUAUGUACAAUCAAUGUGAACUUAAGGAGUUGAAGUUUCUUCUUCUUUGGUCUAACAAUCUUGUUGGUGAAGUACCUAAAGCUCUUUCAAAUUCUACUAAACUUGAAUGGCUUGAUAUUGAGUCGAAUUUGUUGAGCGGAGAGCUUCCUUCUGAUAUUGUAAGUCAAAUGCCGAAGUUACAAUUUCUUUACUUGUCCUACAACAACUUCAUUACCCAUAGAAAUAAUACUGAUCUGACGCCUUUUUUUGCUUCCCUAGUUAAUUCUUCUAACUUACAAGAACUCGAGUUAGCUGGAAAUAAUCUUGGCGGGGAAUUACCUCCUAUUAUUGGUAAUAUCUCCAAAAACCUUGCACAGAUUCAUCUCGACGAUAAUCUUAUCUAUGGUCCUAUACCUACACAAAUUUCCAACCUUGGCAACCUUACUCUUUUGAACUUGUCUAGUAAUCAUCUCAAUGGUACAAUUCCUCUUGAGUUGUGUCAAAUGGGAAAACUCGAGAGGCUUUAUCUGUCGAAUAACUCACUCUCGGGUGUCAUUCCUUCUGCUUUUGGGAACCUUUCUCAUUUAGGCCUUCUUGAUUUGUCGAAAAACAAGCUCUCUGGAUUGAUCCCCGAUACCUUUUCCAAUCUUCCGCAGUUGAGAAGACUUCUGUUGCAUAACAAUCAGCUCUCUGGAACGAUACCCUCGAGUCUAGGACAAUGUAUUAACUUGGAAAUUCUUGAUCUUUCUCAUAACAGAAUCUCAGGCAAAAUUCCAAGUGAAGUUGCUGGUUUGAGCAGCUUGAAAAUCUAUCUUAACUUGUCUAACAAUCAUUUACAUGGUCCUAUUCCUUUAGAACUUAGCAAAAUGGACAUGGUGUUGGCCAUUGAUUUGUCUUCAAAUAAUCUCUCAGCUACUGUCCCUUCACAACUUGGUAGCUGCAUUGCUCUUGAAUACCUUAACAUAUCGCGUAAUGCUCUAGAAGGCGCUCUUCCAUCAUCGAUAGGAAGAUUGCCUUACCUUAAGGAACUUGAUGUUUCGUUCAACGUAUUGAAUGGGGAGAUACCACAAAGCUUUCAGGCUUCAUCAACUUUGCAAAAGCUCAACUUUUCCUACAACCAUUUCUCCGGGAACGCGACAAAUACUGGUGCAUUUUCAUCAUUAAACAUUAGCUCAUUCUUGGGAAAUUUUCAGCUUUGUGGCUCAAUACAAGGAAUGAAAAGUUGCCACAAAAAGAGAGGUCACCAUUUUAUAAUCACAAUCCUCCUUUCAUUGCUUAUAACUCCCAUAUUUUGCAUUGUUGGCUACCCUUUGGUCUUAAGAUCCAAAUUCAGAAGCCAAUGGACAGGUAAAGUAGCUGAAGAUACAGAACAAUGUGAGAAGAAAGAGCAAAAGUACCCAAGAAUAUCUCAUAUGCAGCUUAUUGAAGCCACAGGAGGUUUUAGCAGCUCGAGCCUGAUAGGAGAAGGACGAUAUGGGCGUGUUUAUAAGGGAGUGUUAAGAAAUAACAUGAGAAUAGCUGUCAAAGUAAUCGACUCAAAAACAGCUGGAGAGAGCUUUAAAAGGGAAUGUCAAAUCUUGAAAAGGACUAGGCACAGGAAUUUGAUUAGGAUCAUAACAACUUGUAGCAGGCCGGAUAUUAAAGCUCUUGUUUUUCCCUUGAUGUCAAAUGGAAGCUUAGAAAACCAUCUGUAUCCGAGCGUUGGACUGAAACAUCAAUUGGAUUUGGCUCAAGUGGUUAGCAUUUGCAAUGAUGUAGCAGAAGGGGUGGCCUAUCUCCAUCAUUAUUCGCCCGUUAAGGUCGUGCACUGUGACCUAAAACCGAGCAAUAUUCUUCUUGAUUAUAACAUGACAGCUUUGGUCACAGAUUUUGGUAUUUCAAGAUUAGUAAAAGCUGUUGAGGACAUUACCAAUCCUAUUGAUGAAUCAGUUUCUUACAACUCAACAGAUGGAUUACUUUGUGGGUCAAUUGGUUACAUUGCUCCUGAAUAUGGAAUGGGAAAGAGGGCUUCAACAAAAGGAGAUGUAUAUAGCUUUGGAGUUCUUUUACUUGAGAUUGUGACAGGAAAACGUCCCACGGAUAUUCUUUUUCAACAAGGCUCGAGCUUGCACGAAUGGGUAAAGAGUCAGUAUCCACAUAAACUCGAGCCUAUGAUUGACGAAACACUACAAAGAUAUCCACAAGGUGACACAAUUCCAUCCGAUAGCAAGAUGUGGCGCGAUAUUGUGUUCGAGUUGAUUGAACUUGGCCUAAUGUGCACACAGUAUAAUCCUUCAACUAGGCCAACAAUGUUGGAUGUAGCACUUGAGAUUGGCAGGCUAAAGCAAUAUAUUUCAAGUCCUUGUAACUUUGUUGUUGAAGAUGUUACAACAAUGGAUUAACAGUUUUUGAUCUUAGAAACAUCAGCAGAGAAACUAUGCUAAAGUGCUUUCACGGGUUCGAGCCUUGGAAACAGCCUCUUGCAGAAAUGCAGGGUAAGGCUGCGUACGAUAGACCUUGUGGUCCGGCCCU